AGAAUUAAGACUUGUCAUGUCCGACGUGAGGCUCCUCCCGGAGAAGACUUUUCUCCCGCGGGAAUUAGCAACGAGAUCAUGAGAGCGGGGAGGACAUGGAAAGGUAUAAAAAGGGGAGAAGGACCAAAGAAGGCAGAGACACAAACACAAGAGCCACUCAUCUACUCACUUCUCCUUCAGGGCGAGUCCGAGAGAUCCACCACGCUCUGCACCAUAUCAAGCCUGCUAUCUUCAGACUCCGCACCUGCUGAACUCAAUGUCGUCGACUUCAACCUACACGGCCCUCUGGCUCCAGUCCUUCGAUCGAGGCCUGGAGCGCAGGCAGCUGCCUACGCCAAAGCCUACGGGCGGCCAAGCCCUCGUUCAGGUUUUGUCGGUCCGCAUCGGCAACCUGCACAAAAAUCUUGUCGCGGGAAAGAGUCCAUUCCCUUUCAAGCCUGACUGUGUCCCCGGCGGAGGAUGCAUCGGCCGGAUCGAAGCCGUUGGAUCCGAUUCGGUCAGCCUCAAGCCCGGUCAGCUCGUCUACGUCGACCCAACGGUCCGUGCGCGCGACGAUUCGCAGACCGUUUAUCUGCAGAACAUGAUCCACGGCUACGAUGAAAAGACGAACAAGCUUGUCGACGCCUGGAGGGACGGCACCUGGGCGGAAAAGCUCGUUGUGCCGCUUGAGAAUGCAUUUGUCCUCGACGAAAAGGUCCUCAUGGGCAGCUCAAACAAUUACCAACCUAAGGACCUCAUCAACAUUCAGAAGCUCGCCACGCCUUACCAGGGCUGGAAGUUGGCCAAACUCCAGCCUGGCGAGACUGCUGCCGUCGCCUUUGCAACGGGAAGCUUUGGGGGAGCGGCCAUCGAUGUUGCACUUUCCAUGGGCGCUGGUCGCAUCGUUGCGCUUGGUCGGAACGCCGACAAGCUGGCGGAAUGGCGCAAAUCAUGCGACCCUCGCUACGUUGACCGCGUCGUGUGCGUGGCACUGACGGGCGACAUCGAAAAGGAUGCCGAACAGAUGAAGCAGGCCGCACCCAAUGGUCUGCAGAUCUUCUUCGAUAUGUCCCCGCCCUCCGCAACGGCUACGGCUCAUUUGCACAUCCAAGCUGGCCUCAAGGCCCUCGAGGCGGGCGGCCGCAUGAUUUGGAUGGGUUUCAUCCCCACCGGCAUCUCCAUCAACUACGGCGAGCUCAUCUUCAAGGACAUCUCCAUCCACACAAAGUACAUGUACACGGCCCAGGAAGUUCACGAGCUCAUUCGCCUCAUCGAGACCGGCAUGCUUAGCCUCAAGCAGUUCCAAGACAAGCUCUUCACCGGCUUCGACAACUUUCAGCGCGUCCUCGACUUGGCCGAGACCGGAGACACGGCAAGGGGCGGUAUCGUCUGGUCACCUCAGUGAUUUAGACUUUGUUCUUCUCAUUUCACUUUUUCGCUAAUCUUCUACAUAUUGCUCCUUCUCUCUUGAAGCCCCCUUAUGUCUACGUGUC